CAAUUUAUUUUUAAUUAUUAUUUUCUCUCUGGAAACCCGAUUAAAAUCUGGAGGAAUACCGUUACAGUCAAGCCUCGGAUGUGGGAGAACCUUUUAUUCAAAAUGACAAAUCGUGUCACCAGAGAUUCUUUCCAAGACAUGGAUUCUGCAUCGCCUUCAACUUUCGACUCGGAGGAUUACACUCCAACAGAUAAGAGGUGCAGGACAGUAGAAGAUUUUAACAAGUUCUGUACUUUUGUCUUGGUUUAUGCUGGGUACAUUCCCUACCCUCAAGAAGAGGUGCCUCUGCGGACGAGCUCCAGCCCUCCCAACAGCACAGGCAGCACUGCAGAGAGUGAACCCUGGGACCUCCCGCUUUCUGUCCCUGACACAAACAAAGGCAGGAAAACUUUCACUGGCUUCAAACGGGCCAAACCGUACUCAUUUCUGAAACAUCACAAAUCGGGCGGCUUCAUGCUGCCCCCCUUCAACCGCAGGAAGCCCGACAAGGUGAAGAGGAGGCGUGAGCUGAGGGCAAAGGAGGGCGGCCCGAGGAUAGAAGAACCUCGGAUUGAGGAGACGGUCACGCAGGUGCCGCCUAGCCCAGCUGCAGAGACCAAUCCAGACUCUACUGAACAUGAAGCAGAGGAUGCGGCAUCAGCAUCUAUUUCCCUGGAGCCUCUCACCCAGGAACCUCUCGCCCAGCAGCUGCUCACCCCAGAUCCCCUCGCUCCAGCACACCUUGUCCAGCAGCCAUCCACCGAGGAGCCCCUCAAGGACUCUUCAAGCACCGGCCAGGACAGUUCUUUUCUGCCGGCCGCUGCGACAGAUGUGAUGAAUGAGACGAUAAAAUGUGAGAAAGUGGAGCGACAGAGGACCGUUUUCCGUCAGGGAAAGCAGGUUGUGUUCAGGGAUGUGGACACAACUGGGAAUGAUGAGGACAUCAUGGUGGAUUCUGAUGAUGAUUCCUGGGACCUGGUGACAUGUUACUGCAUGAAGCCGUUUGCCGGCCGGCCGAUGAUUGAAUGCAAUGAGUGUGGUACCUGGAUCCACUUGUCCUGUGCCAAAAUCCGCAAGUCCAAUGUCCCAGAGGUGUACGUCUGCCAAAGGUGUCGAGACUCCAAAUACGACAUUCGGCGAUCGAACCGAUCUCGAACCGGCUGCAGAAAGCACUUCCUCGACUGAGGUGUUCAAGUCUUUCUUUCUUUCUUGGUUUUGUUUUGUUCUGGGGAAAGAAAGGAGAACUUUCAAAUGGCAAUGGGGGCAACAAAAAAAAAUGCAUUUAAAACAAAAUAGUUUGAUGAUGCACUUGUUGGAGAGUUCCAUCCAUUUGCACAGGAGAUGCCUGCUUUUUGACUGUGCCUCUUCCUUUGUCCUUACAGCGUCCAGGUCAGAGUCCAAGAGAUCAUGACAGGUUAAGUCCAUUAUUCCAUCUUUCUGUUCUCACACCCUGGCUAAACCAGCACAAGGGAGAUUAGGGGCCUAGGGCUGAUGUGGGGGGUGGUGUAGGGGAUGAACUUGCUGACUACUAUAAACUGCAUUUUCUUUCCCCUCUCUCCUUUCCUUUGGCUCUUACUCCUCACCCCUUGCGUCUAAAAGGCCUUAAUCCACCAAGGUCUCCAAGGAUGACAGUAAUAGCCAUAUCUGGAACCCCUCACUUUUUGUGCAAUCCCUACAAUGCUUGCUGCUAAAGGAGCCGCAAGCAGACAAACAGGGCCCUGUGCAAUAGAAAAAGGAUUCAAGCAUUAACAUUAUCAAAAGAAAUGAGAAGGAAAAAAUAGAUAAUCUAUACCUAGUGGCCUGGAAUUUAAUAAUGUGCAAUAAAACCAGAUAAUGCUGGAAAUAUACCACCAUCAACAUCUGAGAGUCGGUAAAAGUAAAUUAAUAUCUCAUGAGUUCUGACUAAGGGUACACACCUAUCUUCUCUGUUUACAUGUGCUGACUAACCUGCUAUGUAUUUCCAGCAUUUCCUGAUUUUAUUUUAGAUUGCCAAUAUUUUCUGUUUUAACAUGACAAUAUUUACUUUGGUCGAAAUGAGAGAAACCAAUGCCUUUUGCUCCCUCAGCCCUUUUCUUUAAACAUUGCACCAAUCAAAACCCAAGCAAGUCCAAAUAUUCCUUCCAGAAGCUACAGGAAGCUAGUUGACAAAAGGGUUAAAAUCCUAUGUUGGAAGUGUGAUAACAUUCCUGGUUAAUUCAUUGGAUUUGACUGUUGCUAUUAAAAGGUUUGGAAUAGGCAAACAAUUUAUAUUUACAAUUUUUUUUGGGGGGGAUAUUUCUCUUGAGGAGGCCUUUACAAUUUUUAUGCCUGAAAUUCAGUACUGGAAACCAAACUUAGUACUGCAGUGAGGAGGAGGAAAGAAAAUCCUUAAGUGUCAGGACUGUGGCUUUUAAACGAUCAAUUCAUGAACUCUCAUCCACCUCUAUGCAUCUGAACAGUUGUUUUAUGAGAUGCAAGGGGAGGAGAUGACAAACUGAACAUUGUAUCAACUGUUAAAAGGUCUGGGCAGAGAAUUCUGUUAACAAGGCAGUAAUCCAGACUCUUUGGGGAGAAAAAAAAUUCCUAUCCGUUACUUUAAGUCUUUUGGUCCAAACUUGGCACCAUGUGCAAUAAGUUCAGGACAGUAUCUGAAAACCUGAACCAAAGAGUUGGGUGAAGGGAGAAGGAGAUCAUCAUCGUCCCCUCUGCCCGCUUCUAUUGCUUACUCUGCACCUCAUGAUGCAUGAAGAUAUUGUGGACACGUUAACAGCAAGGAACGCGAUUAUGGUACCCAAGAUGUUGGCGCACUCAUUCAACAGACCUCUUUUGCGGUGGGUUAAAUGUUCAGUAGCGAUGUGGCUUCAUUUCUGUGGGUUCAGUCACAAUUUGUAACUGAGCAUUUAAAUAGAUGCAGACGCUACUGCUUUGUGCAUCGUUAAUCUGGAGUCUUCACCAUUUUGACCCUUCCUUAAAAACAGGUUGUGAGGGGGGUGCAGGGAAGGGGGUGGUGUGGAAGAUGAGGAGGUAUCCUUGUUCAACCUUCCAUCAUUGUAUAUUGUAAAAUAUAUAUUGCCAUAAAAAUAUUGCUCGUGUAUUUUUACUCUCAAAUGUCUUAGCCCACAAAUAUUUGCCAAGUUGGGUCUCCUCAACCUGAUGGUUCCAGUGACAGGAAAGAACUCAAGAAUUGACUCCAUUGAUUUUAUUGGAACGAAUCAAAGUGGACAGUGCUCUUCCUCAUGAUUGGAGAACAGGUGGGGGGCCAGUACGUGGAAUAAGAAGCCUUCCACUUGCCUCCCUUGCCACUCCCUUCCCCUCUCCCUUUCCCCUCCGAAAUUAUUCUUUUUUCCCUUUAACCAAUGUUCCAGGUUACCCCAAAACAGCAGUAUGAUUUAUUUUCCCUUCUCCUGUAACCAAUGGCUUUAGGAGGUGAUGGGCUAGAGACAUAGUGAGCACUUAAAAGAUGUCUGACAAUCAACCAUCACCACCAUCAAACACAAGGAGCUAAUUGGCUUCCUCAGUCACCCACAUUAAAAUAAUAGAAAUUUAAUAUUGCUGUUGAGGAAUGAUUUUUUUUCCUAUUUUCCCUCUGCCAAGAGUAUGUGAAAUGGUGAUCUCCCUCUUGUCAAUAAAGAGUACCCCUUCCAACUUUGCUUUCUAUAUGGGUGGAGGGGAGAAGGGAGAAAGACAGGUGGUAAGACGGUCCUGGUACAGCAGUCCAGCUUGAAUGUAAAGUUACCAUCAGAAAUCAGCCAAGUUUCCCACUCUUGAUCAAUAUCCUAUGAGUCCAGAUGGGAACAUGUAGACACUGAGUGAGGACAGAAUCAGACUCAACUUGCUAACCACAGUGAAUUAGCUGGUUGACACAGACUUUCAAGACAUGUGUGUAAAGAACAGCUGGUGGGACCAGCAAGUGAAGUGAAGGGUGAAUUUCUUGUGGAACUGGAGAGCCAGCCCCUUUAGAAGAGGAGAAAAUCCUUAGCCAGCAUCAGUCAACCUAAACUCCAAAAGGCCCUAGAUAUUCAUUGUAUGAAAAAUAAUAAUUAAAGCAUUGGUGUAAUCCGGUCCACAUUACAUGCUGAAAACACUCUCUGUCUACCAUAUUCUUAUGAGGAAUGCCUGUUUCUUGACUUUUACUCCCUUUAACUUAUUUUAUUGAAAAUGAGGGUGAAUUUUAUUUGACAAAGCAGCAUUAUGAUAUUUCAAGCACUAGUGUUGCUCUUGCUCCUGAUGGGAAUAUCUGUAUGAGAUUAUCAUGCACAUGUAACAAGUCUGACUCUGAAACUAUAUACAGUGAUGUUGCCGGGAAUGUUGGACUGUCUCCUUGGAAGAAUCGUUAGAGUGGAACAAAGAAAACCUUGUUUCUGUGAAACUUUGUACAUGUAUAUCGGAAGUUAUUUUGUAAAUAAAGAUUUAACUAUUGGUAUUUUAAAUAAUAAA